AUGGAUUAUAAGUUGUAUGAAACCCUCAAUCGCCUACCCGGCUUAUUCGCCAUCGCAGCAACCAUGUUUUUUGGGAUCAUUAUAAUUGUCAUAUUUAUUGUACGAAUUUUUCAAUUUCCCCACCUCCGUCAAAAGUAUUGGCAGCAUGACAAUACUCAAAGCAUUCCCACAAGGAUACUUAAGACGAUCAUUUUCUUGCUUUUGGCUGCCGGCUUGAUAGGAGUCAUCUCAUACAAUGUUUACAAAAUGAAAAAUGAUCCCCCAAAGUUUUUAGUGACUGUAGAAAGGAGUAAAGAACCUCCAUCUAUACUUAUUUGCCAAUCCGAUGAUAUAACGUUUAAUACGGUCAGAUAUUAUAACAGUUUUAAUUCUUUUGUUAAUUAUCCUAAGCAAAACUUUGAUUUAAGCGGUGAUUUUAAACUUUUUCAAAGAGAAAGUGAUGGUAAUUGUACUUUCUUUAAUAGUACAAUGACAAUGGAUAAUCCUGGAGGAUUUUAUCUCCUUGGUUUUAGUAAAGUUUUAUUAGAGCUCUUUAAUGGUAUGAGUGGUAGUGCCAGCAUCAUUAGUAUUUACAUUGGUGACACAAACAAUGAGAUGAACUGGAACUUACCCAUGCCUCAAGGGAACAAAUUUAGUGAUGUAGGGUUUCUACUUGCCAGUAGUAGUGGUAUUUUCCAAUAUACAGAAACUUGGCAUAAAGCUUUAAAUGGAAUUAACUAUCGAGGUUUCCAAAUCACCUCUAUAGGAAAUUUUCUAUUUGACUUAGUUUCUGUUGAUGAUAACCCUAUGCAGUCAUCAACAUGGAUUGGACUCAUCGCACCGACAAACGUCAUAGCACAGGUUGAAAACCCAUCCCUCACACUAGCUGACCUUUUAAGUAAUGUCGGUGGUUACCUUUCCAUCUGGGCAAUUUUCGGCUUUCUCUUUGGUGUUAAAAAGGCAAACCCGUUCGGGUUUGUGUCAGACUUUAUAUUCAUAAAUCAGGAUAAGGCAAAACUUCGUAAGGAAUUAGAUAAAAUGAAAAAUGAUAGGAGUUCAAAAUUAAGUAAUUUAGAAAUAGGGGAAGAAGAUAAUACUAUCGAAACGAAUAGUCUCUCCAAUCAAUCUACUGAGCUAAGAAACCUGCUUGCAAAAUACUAUGUUGAUAUGGAUUUCUACGAACAUGCGGUUAAGACACCUGACGUGUAA